AUGGACAUCAAUUCGCUUCUCUCGCCGGACUCGACUUCCAAAUCUGGAACUUCGACCCCGGUGCCUGGUCCUACCUCAAACAACGCACCGGCCACCUCUGCAGGUCCAUCCCCCCACAAAGCUCUUCAGAGAACCCGGUCAGCUCCAAGACGGAAAGAGAAGACCUCCUCACCUCUAGCACAGCAGGUUUACGCCCCUACCGCCGAACUAUCGCCAGGCCCCAGCGCAGGCAAUGGGACUGCUUCGACCGAGACGUCAAGGCAAGGUUCCACCCCCGGAAUGGACACUUUGGCAGAUCUCGCGUCGAUGCAGCACCACCAGCCACAACGUCCAACCCAAACAAGCAUGCUUCGGAGCACUGAAUCAUAUGAACACCAGCUAUCCCCAUCCACGAUUCACCCACAUGUCAACUCCAUCAACCACAACACCCCUACCUCCAGGAUGUCCUUCGAGAUUGCCAUGUCGGAUGGGCGCGAGGGGCCUGCGCAGAGGACCUACGCCGGGACCUCGCUCGACCCAGGCGCCCAGGAGAAAGCGACUAAGCUCUUUCAGCAAAUAUCCGUCAACCCUCAUACCCACGACGCGCACGUGCAGUUUAUCGGACUGCUGCAUGCUGGAUUCGUCAAUCAUGUCUACCCACCGAAUAACCCAGAUGUCCACGGCGACCCGCGAGGCUACGAUCUCCUCAACGACCUGAAAACAGCCCGUGAAGAAAUGGACAAGCUUUUCGCCAUGGGUGAAGAUCUUUGGGCAGAAUGGAUCCAGGAUGAGAGCAUGUUGGCCCAGGAUGUCGACGGGCGCAUUGCUGUUCUGGAGCUCUGCCAGCGAUCUGUAGAAGAGGAGUUUGGCAGCACAAAAUUGUGGAAUAUCUACGGUGAAUGGGUGCUUUAUCUUUACAACUCCGCGCAUGGCGUGGCCGGUUCCCUCCAGUGGACUGAAGAGGAUCGCAUGGUUGGGCGUGAGGUCUUCACGUGGGAGUCAGUCUUGGAGGUGUGGCAGCGGGGCGCAGAUGCUACCAAAUGGAGAAUCAACAACAGCCACAUGGUCUGGGAUCGCCUCUUGGAUCUCUAUGCCCAGGACAUUGCUCGCGCGCCUUCUCAAGACAAAAUCAACAACCUGCACGGACUUUAUAGCCAUCGUCUGCAAACUCCCCACGCUACCUGGGAUCAGACUUUCCAGAACUUUUCAGGUUUCGUUUCCACUUAUUACAACAACAAGUAUGAGGAAAUCAUGUCUGAGACCGUUGCCCGCGCUGCCGAGCCAAAGGCUCUCUACAGCGCACGUGAGGAAUUCGAGCAUCGUUUGGCCAAGGCGCAAGAGUCAGGCGAUCGCACUCUCGAAUGGUCGGUAUACUCUGAGUACAUCGAGUGGGAAUUGACGCGCAACCGCCGGAAACGAGGGGACUAUAGCUUCGACUUGGUGAAUGCCAUCUACCAGCGCGCCGUCCUUCACUUUCCUACGGAUGUCUCGCUCUGGGAAGGCUACAUCAUGUUCCUGAUCGGCGAAUCCAUCCAUCGCCGCGCUUCCACCACAACACUCGCAACUCUAGACCGUGCCACACGCCAUUGCCCAUGGUCUGGAAAUCUGUGGUCCCAGUACUUGCUAAGUUCCGAAAGGGAGAAUCAGUCAUUCAACAAAAUCUCCAGUAUCAAGCACAAGGCGACUAGCACUGGACUCCUCGAUGCCGGAGGGUUGGAAGAGGUUCUAAAGGUUCACGUCACAUGGUGCAGCUACCUUCGUCGACGCGCCUUUUUGUCCGACUCGACUGAUGAGGAUCUGGAUGUCGCGGAAGUUGGCAUUCGUUCAGCCAUCGAAAGCGUGCAAGAACUGGGCGAAAAGAAGUAUGGCCCAGCGUAUCAAGGCGAUCCUCUGUUCCGUCUGGAGCGGAUUUACAUCCGCUUCCUCAGCGAAAGCGGUAGCUGGGACAGUGCACGCGAGACCUUCAAGGGGUUGGUUGCUCGCCGUGGUGGCAGUUACGAGUUCUGGCUCACCUACUAUGGAUGGGAGCUAAUUUGCUGGAGCAAAUUUGUUCAGGGUGAGGCAACAGUCGACGCAGCACGCCGAACCCCGAACCCCAGCUAUGCUACCGCCGUCCUGAAACAAGCCAUCAAGCGAACAGACCUGGACUGGCCCGAAAAGAUUGUUCAGACGUACGUCAGUCAUUGCGAGGACUAUGAGGACUCGGAUGAGUUGCAGCUGGCUGUGAUCGAGACGCGGAAGGUAUUGCGAGCUGUCACCGCCCGGAGAGAAAGGGAAGCGCGCGAGGCAGCAGCAGCGCAACAGCAGCAGCAGCAACAGUGGGAGGCCGCCGUGAAGGCAGUCCCGUCUCCUGAAAAACGGAAACGCCAGGAUGACAAGGAGGAGAUGCGCGAAAACAAAAAGGUUUGCAAUGAAACGGCGCCUGCGGAGGCGCCCGAGGGACCCGUGCGAGACCGAGAAAAUGCGACUGUUAUCGUCCAAAACCUGCCUAAAGGCACCACGGAGCAUCACGUCCGGCAAUUUUUCCGUCAUAUUGGCACCAUCAACAGUGUCAAAAUGCUCCGAAGAGAGGAGAAAAACUCCGAAGUUGCUGUUAUCGAGUUCGAAAGCAAGGAAGAGGCUCUUGCCGCACUCACCCGUGACAAAAAGCCCUUCAAUGAUACCGAGAACAUCAUCGACGUGCAGGUUGGGGCCGAGACGACAAUUUGGAUCACCAACUACUCUCCCGCCGCGGAUGAGGAAUACAUGCGCAAGCUCUUCGGCAAAUAUGGCCAAGUACUCGAAGUCCGAAUGCCGUCGCUAAAGUUCGACACCGCCCGACGUUUCUGCUAUCUGCAGUUCGACAGCUCCAGCGCAGCACACCAUGCCACAGAGCUCCAUGGAAUGCGACUGGAAGAUGGCAAGAAGCUCAGUGUCAAGAUCUCCGACCCGACAAAAAAGCAAGCCCGUAGUGGUCCCCGCCACGAAGGACGGCAAAUCUAUGUGUCGAAUAUCAGCUGGAACGCAACCGAAAAAGACCUGGAAGAGCUCUUUUCCAAAUUCGGGACAGUCGAGAAAGCUUUCAUCGACCGAAAGGUCGAUGGCGGGAGCAAAGGGUAUGGCUUCGUUACAUUCACCACCCCAGAGGCCGCCAAGGAGGCAGUCUCAAUGAAUGAACAAGAGUACAUGUCACGUCGUCUCCGUGUCGAAAUCGCCUCUGCCGAGGCAUCUCGCCACGGAACCCGAACCAUCAUCUCCCACGUUGCAGCACACCCAUCAAACUACGGUGUCAACGGUCUUGAAAUUCCAGUUGGCGAACACGCCCAGCGCACCCUUGCCCUGAUGAACGUUCCCGACACAGUGAACCAAGCCCGUAUCCGUGCCCUCGUCGAGCCAUUCGGGCGUUUAGUCUCGAUCAAUCUCCGUCCAGAUCACCAAGGUGCCAUCGUUGAAUUCGUCAAUGUCCAAGAUGCCGGAAAAGCCACAAUGGCCCUCGAAGGCAAGGAAAUCGCCCCCGGACGACCACUUCACAUCGGCAGCGUUCGAGAGAUGAUGGCCGUUGAACCGGAGGUCAAGUCGACCCGGAUUACCUCCGUUAAGCAGGAAGGCGUACCGAAGAAGACGACUACCCUUCAGCCUACGGGACCAAUCAAACGCCCACAGCAGCCUCGUAAGGGUGGGAAAGGUGGUCUUGGAAUUAAACGACAGACUGCUCCUCAUCAGAACUCGUCGUCAGCUGCGAGCGGGGAUAAAAUGGACACGACUGCUGAUGGGAGCAAACCGACUAAGAGCAAUGAUGAUUUCCGUGCUAUGCUCCAGGCAAAGCGUGAGGAAUGA